AGAGGUUUUGCACAUCCGAUGGAUGGUUAGGAACCAAACAGUUUUCUUCAUUCAGUCAUUUCGUACCACUCUUUGUAUUAAUCGUUUUGAACCGAACGAUGAGUUCUUGUGUUUUGUAAUAAGUUUUUGAAAUAUAAUUUCCAUUCAAUAAAUAUAUUGCAGAAGAAGUGAUUGUGUGGGCGAACGACACACACAUAAAGAAAGUUAUUUCUCGUUUUCAUUUGGCUAUAUAUGGAAUGAAUGCUAAAUCGAAAUGUAAACUCAAUAGACAAAUGACCGUCACUUCUCACAGUCCUAUCAGUCCUGUCCUCCACUCAACGCCCGAUAAGUUUCGUCAGAAACAAGUGUUUCACACGAAUGUCGACAGAAUAUGUGUUGACUCGCAUUCGCACAGGAAUUCCGGUAAUGUUUCGCUCAUAGAGUCAAAGUUGCUUAAAGAUACCCAACGGCCGGAUCCGUCCUCUUCAGUCAUUCUGCGCCAAAAGCUUCUUCACCGCAACAAAAACGGCUCAAUCGGCGGUUUAGGCAACGCUUCAAAGGCCACCCGAAAGAGCUACAGUCGCUCACAUAAUAAUGGCUUCAAGUUUCACAACUUUGUGGUGAAUGAAGACAAGCGGUCGUGUCUUGAGGAACAACACGGAACCAAAAAGAUAACAGUUUCUCAUUGGAAGCGACCCAACACUACGAUCACCAUUAAUGAAGAAACACAACAAAAUACAUGUCACCCAAGCCUUCCGUCCCAAUCGAUUCUUGAGACUCUCUUAGCGCCCAACACUUCCAACACAUCCGCUCCUUCGCCUACCAUUGAAGACAAUCAUAGAGUGAGUAAACGAAAACCACUACACGUUCGUCGAGUACUUCGACAACAGCGUAACCAAAGUAUGGAACCGUUAGGACGUCUUCAGCCACAGGACGAACCCCUGGAUCUGUCGCUCAAGCGAUCGGACUUUUGCGAAGACAACGAAACCAAUGACUUAAAAGAAUUCAGCGAUUCUUUGAGAUUAAUUCACAAUCAAAACGAGACGUUUAGUACGGAUUAUACGACAGAAUCAGAAUCAGUGCAAAACCUAAUCAAAUCAGUCAACCAAUCGGCAGCUCAGGCGUCGGCUAUCAUAGCAUCGGUCAAGUGUCCCAUUAGUGCUAAUUUCUCAUCAAAUGCUUCAUCAAAUUCAAGUAACGAUUCGUCGAUAGCUUUGAGACAUCAAAUGGCUAUCAAUUCUGGCCUUUCAUCAAAACAUCAGAAGAAUAGACAAACGCAUAGAAGUCUUAUUAAGAAACAAUUGGAGGAAACAUUCAAACAAAACGGAUUCUUAGUUAAGACCAAACAAGUGAGUGAUGCCAACAAUUCAGCGAUGUUUUGUAAGUUCCGUCAAUUACGCAAAUAUACCCGAUAUUACCUGAAGUCAUGGCACCACCACUUGCCCGACGAAGUCAAUAAGCUAUGGAAAGGCUUUCUGCCGCCCAAAACCGAAAAGCCUAACUCUAGUCAUAAUUAA